AGAAUGGUAUCGAAAAAGAAUUUUCCUCAAAAUGGCAGAAUCAAUGCCGCACAACAACAACGCCAGAUGCCAUAUAAGAAGCCACCAAUGAAACCACCGAUGAACAGCAAUUUCAACAAUAAUCCAAUGUUCAACGUCAGUCAGAUUCCGGACAAUCCGGGUUAUUUAGAUUUUGAUUUCAAUAUACCCGCACCACCGAACAAUGGCAAUAAUGCCGCCUUCAACAAGAAUAACAAUAUCAACAACAACAGUGCAGGAGCAGCCGCAGCAGAUGCUAAAAAGAAAAACAACAAAACUAAGCCGAAGAAUGGAAAACCUCAGCCAAAUGUUGGCUGGAAAAAUCAGCAGGUCGGGGGAAUGACAAGCAAUCCUCGUUUCAAUGGUCCGCGCGCUAACUUUGGUAUGGCGACACGUGCCCGUGGCAAUCGUAUGAUGCCACCCAUGGGUGGUGGUCCUCGUGGUAUGGGUCCCAUGGGAUUCCAGCCGCCAAUGGGUGGUUUCCAACCACCAAUGAUGCCACCACCCAUGCCAAUGCGUCCACCAAUGCCGCCUAUGGGUAUGGGUGUACAGCCACCACCACCACCAUUUAUGCGUCGCAAUGGACCGAUGCCACCAAUUCCGCCCAUGAUUCCACCACGCAUGAUACCACCGGCACCCUUCAUUGCUGGUGGUAAGAUUAAGAAAAACAAACUGAGCCCGAAAAAGAUUACCAAGGGCAAAGGCAGUACGGUGAAGACCCUAAAGAAUUUGAUCAAUCAGUAUCCCAUCGAUAAGCCCUGGGUGACCAGUGAAAUUCGAGAGGAACACGAUAAGAAGGUCGAUAUCGAAAAUCGUUUGAAGGGCAACAAAGACGAUGAAUUGUUUGCACAAUUCAAAGUUCAGCGUGACAAGUUUGUGGCCAUGUAUGAGGCUGCGCGGGAGGAAUAUUUGAAAAAGGAGGCUGCUGCGGUAAAGGCUAAGGAUGAAAAAGACAAACAAACAAAUACAACCAAAACGGACGAUAAAAAAGAGGCAAACACAAAUGAAAAUAAAAGUAAUUAACUUUUUAGAAAUGGCAUAUAUU